UAUUUUUUUUUAAAAAAAAAAUAUAUUUUUGUUUAUACCUGUAAAGAAAAGAUGGAAGAAUAUCUGAGGUCCCUGCACCAGCUGAUGGUACCUGCAGGUAAAGUGUUCUCCUGGGUAGCAGCUGGAGCUAUGGUGUUUGGGGGAGUGGUGCCCUACAUCCCCCAAUACAGAGACAUUAAACGCACACAGAAUGCAGAGGGAUUCUCCAUUUACGUCUGCUUGGUAUUGCUCCUGGCCAAUAUAUUAAGGAUAUUAUUUUGGUUUGGAAGAUACUUUGAGUCCCCUCUGUUGUUGCAAAGUAUAAUCAUGAUCAUAACCAUGUUAGUGAUGUUGAACUUGUGCACUACUGUCCGGAUGGUCAAUGAACUCACCACACGACGCCGUGCCUUUGCAGACAAUAAGGAGGAAGAAAUCAAAACAACUAGAAGGUUCUUUCUCGACUUUGAUCUGCAGUAUUUCUGGCUAUGGAGCAGAUUUAUCGAUUACGUGCAGUGUGUGCUGACUUUCACUGCGGUUGCUGCAUACAUAACCUACCUCCUUAUUGACUCGUCGCUCUUUGUAGAGACACUUGGCUUCUUCGCUGUCUUCACUGAGGCCAUGCUGGGUACACCACAGCUAUACCGUAACCACCAGAACAAAUCAACAGAAGGAAUGAGUACUGCAAUGGUGUUGAUGUGGACGAGUGGUGAUACUUUUAAGACUGUGUACUUCAUCCUAAAUCAAGCUCCUUUCCAGUUUUGGAUCUGUGGAUUACUACAAGUUUUCGUCGAUAUUGCCAUCCUUUUCCAAUCUUACUACUAUGACCGUUACCCUCAGAAACCAUCGUCCCACACGGUCCCUUCCACCAAUACCAAGGCACUUUAAACAGAGAGCUGUUCAACAAACACACCAAACCAUCAACCAACCCAUCGAAAGCACAUUGAAAGCCCCGGACUUCAAAGUGACAAGUUGAAUCUCAGCCUGCUGGAACAAUUUCAAAAACUCUUACAAAUAAGAGGCUUUAAAAGCUGUAAAGGGGAUUUUUUAUCUGCCUCUUUCACACCAAUAUUUUCGGAGUCGAUUUGCUUGCAUAUCUGUUUUCUGGAGUUAAGUGUUUUUUUCCAUCUGAAAAUUCUAUCUUGGAUUUCCUUGCUGAUCAAUAUCACUAGUGCAACCUAGUGUUCUAUGAUGCCAGAUUCUGAGAUGUGAAGUCGGGUUUUCAUUCAUUCUUUGAAGUAAACAUUCAAAGAGUGAGCAUCACUAAGAACGAUUGUAAACCAUUUGAAAGAAAUAUGAUUCUCUUUAACAUUUAAGCUGCAAUAUAGCUCUUCUGUUCUCCUUUCUUUUCCCCUCCCUCAAAAGGGCUUAUUUCAAGGAUAUAUUCCUCUUUGUGAUGGGAGGAUUAAUAAUAAUAUAUAAUAAUAAUACUU